AAUUGUCACAAUUUUUAACAGUUGUCGCAAACGAUGGACAUCUUAAAGAUCUUGUCCCGGGGGACAAAAAAGUCUGCUGGUCAACCCACUACCCCCAAACCUAUAGCUAAACCGACAAAUCCGCAACUCUAUAAUGAUCCUACUAGAGGUGUGAAGCGCAAGAGAAACGAAGAGUCUGUGUCAAAUUUGGACGCCGAUGAUGAUACCGAGAUUAAUUUCUUCGCACCCCCAAAGGCAAAAAAGCCCAGUCCCGAGCCAGAAACCCGAGAAACCCGAGAAACCCCGAAAGAAAAUGCAUCAAAGCCCGUGCUCGACGAAGAAGAGGUUCGACAAAUCCUUCGGUCGCAUCGAUUGAAAUUCACUCUCUUAUCCUCCCAUGAGGACAAGAGAACAAAGGUAAAGAAAUCGAAGAAGAAAAAGAAGGAGGAUAAAGCCAAAGCUAAAGCAAAAGAUGCAAAAAAACAACUUUCGCCGCAACCGUUGACCUCGUUCUCCGAGCUUCGAUCUACCUACAAUAUUUCGACUAGGCUAGGAGAUAACCUUGUUAAGCAAGGAUAUCGAAUACCUACCGAAGUACAAUUGGGAAGUCUACCAUUAUUGAUACAACCGGAUAGAGCUAUUCCGUCAUCUGUUGUUGAGGAGCUGAACUUCAAGACCAACGAUGGAAUUGACUUCUUGGCGGUCGCUCCCACUGGCAGCGGCAAGACAUUGGCUUUUUUGAUACCGGCUAUCAAUACUAUCCUUCGAAGGAGAGCCGGAGAUGCAGCUCAAAAGGAACAUAUCUUAGAAGUGGUGGUCGUUGCUCCUACCCGAGAACUUGCACAUCAAAUUGUCAAUGAGGGUAGGAAACUUGCGCAAGGCACAGGUGUAAAGAUCGUUGGCAUGAAAAAGGGUAUGCAAAUACCUACGGAAGGCCAGCCAGAAGGUGACUCUAGUGAUGAAGAGGGCUCAGAAAGCGAGCAAGAAGCGGAAAGUUCCGACGAUAAUGCGGAGGACGGCAAGCCACGAAAAGUUGGUCCGACAACAAAAACGGAUAUUCUAAUCACAACGCCGAUGCUUUUGCGAAAUUACCUAAAAUCAAGGACUCUGCCAACGGUCAAAUCUUUGAUUUUAGACGAAGCCGAUGUUCUCCUUGACCCUCUAUUUCGGGAACAGACGCUUGGAAUUUGGUCCGCUUGUACUAACCAAUCUCUACGAUUGACAUGUUGGUCUGCAACCAUGGGAUCUAACGUUGAAGGCUUGAUAUUGGAGCAAUUGAAAUCCAGAGGACCAUCGCAGUCGGCGAUACCCCUCGUCCGCCUCGUGGUUGGACUGAAGGAUACAGCUGUGCCGAGCAUCAAUCACAAACUCAUUUACACUGCUACUGAGCAAGGUAAACUAUUUGCUCUGCGCCAACUCUUACAUCCCAAAGCAUCGGACGACUCAAUGCCGAAAAUGCGACUACCAUUCCUGGUAUUCACACAAUCUAUCGAGCGUGCCACUGCGCUUCAUGAUGAAUUGAAAUUUGACAUAGCGGCGGAAGCCGGCGGUUCGUCUCGCAUUGCGGCUCUACACUCUUCCCUCUCAGAUUCGGCGCGCUCUAACAUUGUUGCCCGAUUUCGAGCAGGCGAGAUAUGGGUCUUAAUCACAACUGACCUUCUCAUGCGAGGUAUUGACUUCCGCGGAGUCAACGGAGUGAUCAAUUACGAUAUACCCACAUCCGCAGCGGCUUACGUUCAUCGAGUGGGGCGAACCGGACGGGCCGGCCAUGAGGGUGGUGUGGCUGUGACUUUUUACACUACCGAAGAUGUCGCUCAUCUAAAGAGCAUAGCAAAUGUUAUUGCUCUCAGUGAGAAGCAGGCCGGGAAGAGCAGCGAGGAAGGCGUACCAAAAUGGCUAAUGGAUUCACUACCAAAGGUCGGCAAGGAAGAAAAGAAGAAAUUAAAACAGAGGGGUGUGGAAUCCCGACGAGGGGACAAGGCCAAGAUCACAACGAAGAGCGCAUGGGAAAGAAGGAAGGAAAACAAUAAGCGUGGUGCUAUUGCUGGGAGCAAAAAGAGGAAAAUUCAGGAAGCUACUAUUGAUACCCAGGGAGGUGAUGAUGGCGAGUGGAGCGGUAUUGACGAUUAAGCGUGUUCUAACACAGCUUUUAUGCUGUGUUGCUUAAAGAGUUAUGCUUGAGGUUUGGCGGUUAAAAUUGCACCCUAGGAUCGCGAUUCAACUUAGAUCAGCGUAUUAAUUCUAUCUUGGCCCAUGUGCGACCGAGAGUCAUACCCUCU